AGAUUCUGACUCAGACGUGAGACUGACGUCAGAAAUGACGAUGGAACACUGGAAUAACAGCUUCAGCGAAGAGCAAGGACGAUAUCGCGAAUGCUGUUGUGUUAGGUGCCUAAGGGAUCGAGGUAGGGGUUGUCGAAACGGAGUAGGGGUGGCUGAGGGGAGCCUGGGUAGGGAAGCACCCGUGGUGGUUACGGUACUGCGCGAGUCGGGCCGAGCACAGACGGAUCGCAGGGUGAGCCGUUGCUCGGCAUACGUCGAACUAGGUGCCCCGCGUUGGGGCGUCUCCUGCCAUCGAGCAUCGGUGUCGUGCAGUCGAUCGGGGGACGACCACCGCCUUCUUCGAGUCCACUGUUAGUCCCGGACCGAGCCGGACUUGGAUUGGAACGGAACACGUCCCCGUUUUGGUUCAUCUCGGUUGAUUCUCCCUUAACGGUGUGUCAGCGCAGACACGGCGACGACGAUGAGACAACGACGAUGGUACUCGUGGUAGCGCGACCACAGUGCGUCGUGGCCAGUGCGGGCGUCGGCAUCGUCGUCGGUUGUGCACGCGAUCGGACGAGCAAGGAGAUGGUGUCCCCGGAUCGUACCGAGGAGAAAAGUGACUUGGUUGCUAACGCUAUUAUUGCUGUCAGUGCCGCGUCCGCGUACAACGUCCACGACGUCGUCGUAGCCGCUGCCGUCGCCGUCACCGUCGUCAUCGUCACCGCCACCGCCACCGCUGCCGUUACUAUCGCUGCCGUCACCACCGCCACCACCACCGUCAACGCUGCCGCGACUGCCACAGCCAGUCCCGCCACACCUGAUACUGCCGUUUUCGAUGCCACGGGCAUGACCACUCUUCUCGCUGUCAAUCAGGCUUCCAGCUCGACACGCCGUACGGUCUAACCCGCCUUCCAAGGGGUUCUCAGCGUACAACAUCGUCUUGUACCGAGUCUAAGGACAGGCUCAUCAUCAGGAGGAAGCGCGUGGCUCCUCACAUUUCUGGAUACGUCAGUGAUCACACCGCGUUGGAAAUCCCAUUGAUUCCUUCGUUUGCAUCCGUGCUCGUUCACGUUGCACGUUCCCUGCUCGCUUUGUCACGUGGUCGAGAGAGUCGAGCUGUUAGAAACGACGAUUGUCUCUGGCAAAUUGCAGAAAUCCUGGCUGGUGAACGGUGUAACCAAAGCACGAGAAACGUCGUGGCGUGAUAGUAUCAUCGUCUAGCACGAUGGCUUGCGAAUUGUUUAAGCUCAAACGAUGGCCGAUUCACGCGGCUUCAAGCCAAUAAACCAGUUGUGGCAGAGCGCGGCAGUGUCGACGGAUCCGGAUUCAGAGUGCCUCUACGAGGAAAUCGCGGGCCUUUCGGGGUCUCAGGAUACGGAGCCAGGGCCGGCUGGUGCCGCCGUCGAGGAGGAGGAGGAGGAGGAGGAGGAGGAGGAAGAGGAAGAAGAAGAGGAGGAGGUGGAGAGGCUCGAUUUUGGUGCACAGGUCGGCGGUAGCAGCUGGUGGAGACAUAGCAAAGGUAGCGACAAGUGCGCAAUCAACGCGGCCGUCGUUCACGGACGCAAAAGCAACAAAAGUGUCGGGACUAGUGCGCAAUCGCACGGCAGAUCGGCCGAUCGGGCAUCGAGCGGACGUCAGGAGAUCAUCAGGGUGGAGGAAGAGCAGUAUGCCGCGCGCAGAAGCUACGUGGAGUCCGGUACAGGCGCCGUACUACCGCGUGCUACCGGCCUCAAGCUGACCAGGGGGCGUGCAACCAGCACCGUCGCCCGCUACUUGCACUCGGCCUCCACCAACUCAGAUCACUAUCACCAUCAUCAUCACGGGCUGCACGGACAGUAUCCAGUCGGCAGCACCGGUAGGCCGACCGGCAGGCGUUACCAGCAUCAUCACCCAAGCCGCGGCUCGUUCAGUAAUGAGACGCAGGAAGAGGUACAGGAGGACGAUGAAGCCACUCUACGGGAGAUGCUUGUAAGCUCGCUUGUGGACGCGGGCGACUUAGAGGCAGGGGUGAGUAAGCUGGCGGCGCGUCGCAUUGCGAUGCGCGAGAGAAACAAUUAAAAAAAAAAACAAAAAAAAAAAAAAAACGAAUGAAUUAUGUCUCCGCACACGUGACGAACCCGUCCUUUAGAAGAAUUGGACGUCACGUGACUAAUUCGAGCGACUGAAUACCAUUUUAUGACAUGAUUUUGACUGAACCACGACUGUGUUUCCAAACUAGGUAAAGUUUUACAGAGUGAGUGAGAUAAGAGGCAGGGGCGGGGCGUCGUCGGCCUUUAAACCCCCCCGCCACACGUUACCCCUCCACCUUUGGUUGUGGACCCACUUGACAACAAGCUGUGCAAUCGUUCAGAGUCAAUUGAUUGGAUUUGGUGGAUAAUCCAACGUACGUACAUAUGUCGUGAACAAAGCAAAGAACAAAUAGAUCUGUGAGAAUAAGACGAAAUACUGAAUCAAGAGGAGUGAGUGGGGAGGCAUAGAGGCUACUGUAGUUUCGGAACACAGCCAUGGUCUCCCUACCUCCCAGGUACAUGGCAACAUCAUCGCUGCUCUUUCUUUCUCUAUAUAUUUACUUAUAUCUAUUUAUUUUUUACGUUUGAUCUCCACCUCUUCUCUCCACCGAAUCAUCACGUAUCCCCGGUUUGUACGAGUUUCUUUCACCCCCUCGUUAUCGUCCCCUCGCUCCCCUCUGGAGCGAGAAACCCUUUCGUUCACGAUCAUAUACUUUCACUCUUCCUAUUCUAUUGUGAAUCAUGUGUUCAUUCAUUAUUUCACUAUUCACACCGUCACUCGUGCCUUGCGUGAAUUUUCUCUCUCUCUCUCUCUCUCUCUCUCUCUCUCUCUCUCUCUCUCUUUAUUUCAUUGUUUUUCUGUCCCAACUUUUACUUCUCUUUCGUUUCGCCCCCAAACACCUACCCCUGAUUAUAAACGAACCACUUUUCUGCUUGGCUGUGCACAUCGAUCGAUAAGUUUGCUAAACAAAAAAAAAAUAAAA